UCUCCCCUGUAAAAUCCCCAAAUCUCUCUUAAAUAAGAAGAAAUGGGGAAGCAAAACAAGUCCAAGAAAACCGAUUCUCUUGGCAAAGGAGGAAAAGUAAGUCCGGUCCAAAUCGCUUUCAUUGUGGAUCGCUAUCUCUCUGAUAACAGUUUAACCCAAACUCGCUCCAUUUUUAGGACUGAAGCCUCUUCUCUCAUCUCCAAAUCUCCACUUCGAGAGGCACCGAAGAGUUUGUUGAGUUUGGGGGCGAUAUUGAACGAGUAUAUAUGUCUCAAGGAGCAGAAGGUGAUUUUGGAUCGAGAAAGGGUGCGUUUGGAGCAAGAAAAAUUCAGGGUUCAGGAUUUUUUGCAUGGUAUGCAAGAUGUCAUGAAUGCUUAUAAUGCUAGUGCAAAUUUAACAGCACCACCAGCCACUACACCUAUGAUUCAGGCUUCUAUUACAAGACCUGCGGUUAUGGUUCCUCAAGCAGAUCCAUUUCGUGGAUCUCCUGCAGCUGUAGGCUGUCCCAUGCACAAAUCACCUGGCUUUCCAGUCUCGACACCCUCGAAUACCACCAUGGAGCGUAGCAAUCUGUCCUCAAUCACUAAGCACCCAUCAACAAGAAAGCGAAUGGGGUCAAAUGCUGUUGCAGAAUCUGUUCCAGAUGCUAAAAAGUCUCGCAGCAAGUUAGCUUCAAGGAAAAUACCAAGUAAAGCUACAUCCAAACAAUGUGAUAAUGCUGCCACUGCUCAAGCAAAUGUUCAGCCCUUAUCUCCUGUAAUUGAAUCAUCAGCACAAAACGGCACACCCACUGGUCCAAUAGUUCAAGCAUCCGGUGUUGCUAAGAGUUUGUUCAAUCAGCCUUUACCAUCCCCUCCAACUAGUUCAUCUAAUCCCAAUACACCACCACAAGCAUUUUGCUCUCAAAAUGACAAAUCUGCAUCUCCAAGGGACAUUUCUGCCAAUGCUCACUGCAGUAAUAACAAUACUCCUCAACAAGUCACUCCUACCAACUGCACGGUGAUCACAUCAGAGAGGGUUACAGUGAGCCCAUUCAAAAACAUGACGUACUACACCAUGGAGAGAAAUCAGUGUAUCUCUUCUUCCUCUCCAGUUAAGACAACCUUGAAGAGGAUGUGCAAGAGGGAUUGUGUGAAGGGAAGGCUAGACUUUGAUGGUUCUGAUGCAGCAGUGAACUUGGAUGAAUCAGUUGACAAUGAGUUCUAUACAUCUGAAUCUGACAAGGAAGGGGACAUUUUUGACUUAGACCUGCCUAACUUAGACAUGUUUGGGGCUAAUUUCUCCUUCUCUGAACUGUUGGUUGAUCUGGAACGUGAUUGUGAAGGAAAUGCUUGUCCAUGCCUGCCAGCCUUGGCAGCUUCUGCCGACACCAUUUCUGGGUCAUCACAUGAAUCUAGGGAUGGUAAUUUUGGGACCGAUCAAGUCAUGUCAGAGUUUUCCUCUACCAUGACUGAGGUGAUUUCUGGAAAAGAUACGCAUUCGCAAGGUCCUGACAUAACAGCUGUGAAGUCCAUAACAAAAUGUAUAAGAAUUUUAAGCCCUGCUAAAAAUCAAAGGAGUUCUUUGGAUCAGGAGAAUUGUUUGGCAAGUAACUGACUGACAUGAUGAUGCAAAAGACUCUUUAGACUGACCUGGUACCUGUAUAGCACUUACUGCAGAAGAUUCAUAUCCAUCUUCGCUAGUUAUCUGGGUUUAUAAUUUCUAGAUCCUCUAUGGCUUUUGUCUAUCAUUUGACCAACCCUUGAAUUCUUAGCUCACAUGUAGUCUUUAGUUUGAUGUUCUGCCUACAAUAUUGGUCAUUUAGCCAAGACUCAUGGUUACAAGCAUUUCUACGCUACACUAGUUGUAUCAAAAGCUGAUUUAUUUCUGAUAAAAAGAAGUGACGAAUUCUUCUUUACAUUGAUUU